AUGAACGAAUUUUAAACAUUUUUCGUCGGUUUGGGAGAUCGAUAAAAUACUCCCAUUUCGGAUGAAUAUAGAAAAUAAUUUAAGAUCAGAGGAGACUUCGUCUAUCCAUCUAAUAAAAAGUUUGAUCAAAUUUGUAAGAGGUUGAGUAUAUUAAACUCAUUUAUAGUUUUUUAGAAGAUGAAAAAUUGAGAUGCAAAAGAAAAUGGGACAACUCUUUUAAAUUAUUUAUGAUUUGGUUUCUGGUUAAAUAUUUUGAGAAGUCGAACCUUAUUACUAUUCUUCCGGUAUCAUGAGAAAAUACAUCAUAGGAUGAGAAUGACUGGGUUAAUUUCGAAAAUAUCCUUAAAAUUGACAGACAUUCAUUAAAGCAGAGAUGGAUAACCCUCAUAAACCCGCAGAUGAAAUCAAUUAACUGGCUUCAAGAAGAGGAUGAUUUCAUUAAAACUCAAAUGAAGUAGUUUGAUCAAUUUAAACAUAGCCAAAAGCAUAAGCAUAUUUGGACAUAGAUAGCAGUCUCUCUAUACGAAAGAAAUCUUUAAGGUAACAUACGAACACCCAAACAAAUAAGGGAAAGAUGGAUGAAUUACCUUAACCCUGAUUUGAAUAAGUAUAAUUUUCAUUGUAUUCUCCUAGAGAUCAAUGGAUGCUCAAGGAGGAUUUGAUUAUACUCAAUAACGUUGUAAAGAACGGCAAGAAAUGGUCCUAAAUUUCAUAAUAGUUAAAUGGAAGAACAGAGAAUUAAGUCAAAAAUCGGUAUCCCAUGUAUCUAUAUCUUAAGUUAUAAAUCUCUAAUUCAUAAAAUAUGCAAAGAUGAUGAAUGUGACGAAAUUGAUAUGGUUAAACAAUACAUAAGAAAAAAGUAAACUUUAAAUAAUUUAAUUCUAGUCAAGCUCAUGUGGAUUCCAAUAAGUAAGGAAUCAUAGGAAAAAGAGGUAGACAUAAAAAAGGAAUAAGAAACAAAGAUUAAAAUGCUGAAUCAAGAAAAUAAAGAAAUCUCCCAAAAAUCAUAAAACAAGAAGAAUAAUUAUCACAUUAAUCAUUUAAUUAACCAGCUUAAUUAAUUAUUUAAUAAGCAUAACAAUAAUAAUAAUAGUAAUAAUAUUAGUAAUAAUAAUAAUAAUAAUAGUAAACCUAACAAAUGCAAUUGUAACAAUUACAAUAGUAAAUGAAUUUUAAUAACGAAGAAAUGAAAAUUGCUUUAAACUUACACUCUAAUUUCCUUUAAGAAGAUUUGAAAAAUGCAACACCUUUAAUGAUGAUAUAAUGUUUAACAUCACCUGGGUAUCAAUUUUUAGAGAAUCAAUUCUUAAAACAACUAUCUCCAGGAAUUGUUGAAGAAGGAGAAUGCAAUCAGAAUUCCUCCUUGCAAUUACCUAAAUUAAAUAAUAUGUACAAAGCCAGUUCCGCUUCACCUUUUUUGUUGCCCUCCAUGUUGCAAUCUCCUUUUUGGAAUAACGAAUAAUAUUUGUAGUAACAUGACGAAUAAAUGGCAGCACCUAUGCAGACAUAGUAAUUUACAUAAUAGAUAUCUACUACUCCUUUUUUGAAUUUAGGUUAUCUAGGAAAACCUAAAUUAAAUGGUUUUACCAAUAAAAAAGAACUAGACUUAUUACAAGAGAACCCAAUUUAAUCAUUUAAUAAAAGAAGAAAUCUUAAUUAAUAGUGAAA